AUGUCGAUGGCGGACAAGGCUCAGCAGGCGCCGAAGGAGAGUGUCAAAGCGAAGGACAAAUCGAGUCAGGUGGAUAAAACAAAGAGUAAGUCUGGUAGCAAGGAGAAGGACGCCGCGAAGGGAAAGAAAGGUAAGCCCGUAAAUGGUGAUGCCAAAGGCGGUAAAAAGGCGAACAAGGAGGGAGAGAAGAAGGUGAAGGCCGAGGAGAAAGAAAAGGAUAACGGCACGGAGAAGGUCAAGGACAAACAUAGCAAGAACAGUGGGAAGGAGAAGGAAAAGGAACAGGACAAGGCAACGGAGAAGGACAAGGACAAAGAGAAGGACAAGGAUAAGGACAAACAGAAGGCAAGGGCAAGAGCAACCGAGGCGAAGGAAAAGGAAAAGGCCAAGGCCGAGAAGAAGGAUAAGAAAGCUGCCGCGGAGAAGGAGAGAGAGGCCGAAGAGGAGAAGCAGAAGAAGGCUGCUAAGCAGAAGGAGAAGGAGAGAGAGGACGAGUUGAGAAAAAAGAAAAAGCAGCAGCAGGCCAAGAAGGCCAAGCGGAAGGGCGCCGGCGGCAGCGGCAGCUCGCGGUGUUCCUCCAGCAGCUCCUCGGGCUGA